CUCCGAGAUAGAUAAAACGUCGUCAGAUUAUCCAAACGUCGACGUUUUGAUGUAAUCUUUAUUAAAGGGAGAAAUUUAGGGCUGACAUUUACAACGGCUUCGUGAUUUCGUCCGUUAGUGACAGACAGUAAUUAGAAGAAGAAGAAGAAAAAGAAGAAGGUAUGACAAGGCUUUGCUAAUCAAAUAACGUUGAAGUAAACAAAGAGAUUAAGAAAAUGGGAAAUCCAAAACAGAAGUGGACAGCUGAGGAAGAAGAAGCGUUAAGAGCAGGUGUAGCCAAACACGGUACUGGUAAAUGGAAAAAUAUCCAGAAAGACCCCGAGUUUAAUCCCUUCUUAUUCUCUCGCUCCAACAUCGAUCUUAAGGAUAAAUGGAGGAAUAUGAGUGUUAGUGCUGGCGAAAAGUCAAGGACACCAAAACCGAAAGCGAAUUCCGAUAUUCCUCCUGCUACUAAAGCUGUUUCUCCAAUUCCAGUUUCCAAUUUACAAUCUUCUGCUUCUGUUAUCACUACUUCUCCACUUGAUGAGGCAGAUCCUAUGGUUGAUGAUUCUACUAAAACUUUUGGUGAUGCUAAAACUGCUCCAAAGUAUAAUGCAAUGAUUUUUGAGGCUAUUUCAGCCUUGAAUAAGCAACAUGGUGCAGACACCACUGCUAUUGUUAGCUACAUAGAGCAAAGGCAAGUGGUGCCACAAAAUUUUAGAAGGCAGUUGAGCUCAAGGUUAAGAAGGUUGGUUGCACAGGAAAAACUUGAAAAGGUUCAAAACUGUUUUAAAAUAAAGAAUAAUUCCUCAUUGGAGACAAAAACGCCUACCCCAAAACAGAAAGAUGUCCGACCUAGGCAUUUACAGAGCACUAGUUGCAUAAAUUCUGGUGAUACCAUGGAAGAAGCAGCAGUGGCUGCUGCUUACAGGAUAGCUGAAGCUGAAAACAAAUCAUUUGUUGCAGCUGAAGCAGUUAAGGAGGCAGAGAGAGUUUCAAAGAUGGCUGAGGACACAGAUUCACUGCUACAAUUGGCCAAAGAGAUAUUUGAGAAAUGUUCACGAGGUGAGGUUGUGCUUAUUGCUUAAGAUACUGAUACAUGCCUUUACAAAUGAGAAAUGAGAAAAGAUGACCCCUUCGAGUAGAAUGCAUGUAAAUAUUGUCUUCUUCUUCCCAUAUUUUUGCCAGACAAGAUAAAAGUAACUGAAAGGGCUGUUUUGUAUUUACAAAUGUCCUGUAAUUUUUAAAAUAGGGCUUGGUAAUAGUUAUUUACAGAGUACACAAUUUGCCUGUUGACAUUCUUUAUGCUGACUUUCUUUUACCAUAAUCAUGAAGAGACUUUUCUAUAUUA